AUGCGGCUUGCGGCGUUGGCGGUGCUGGAGGAGUCUUCUGAGGACAACGAGGAACCGGCUAACAACGCUAACGGUGUGGUGGACGCGAACGAGUCGGGAGAAGAGACAGAGUCGGACGGCCCCGAGGCUACGGCUGCCCGGCGUGGCGAUGAUGGCGGCUCUGAUGCGGAGGCGGACGGGACCGAAGAGGAGGAGGAGGAGGAUAUUUGCCUCGUCUGCUGCGAGGUGCGCGAUCCGGACAGGAUCCUCCGGUGCUCCAAUUGCUCCGGGGGGGGCAGCGGAAUGGGGAUAUACCACAACGAGUGCCUCCCGAAGCCCCUGGAAUCCAUGCCCGCCGAGGGCGAGUGGGUGUGCCCCCGCUGUGUCACCAAGAAACGAAAACAUGGGGGUCCCGGCGCGGGAGGCUCCAAGUCCACAGCGGUCAAGAACAAGGGCGGCGGCAAGGAAGGUGGAAGCAAGAAGACCGCAGCAGCAGCAGCAGCAGCAGCAGCAUCAAGAAAGAGGAAGGUUCCCUCUCGAGAGGAUGCUGGUGGCGGUGGCGGUGGCGCGGACCGGGGCGGGGAAGAGGGGGGCGGGGCGAAGAAACCAAGGCGAGCGUGGUCGUCAAGUAUGGAGGCCCUGCUCGCCACCGCGGUCAAGAAGAUGGGCGCUGGCAAGUGGAAGGAGAUGGAGGAGGAUCCCGAGUUCGACUUCGAGGGCAUGCCGGCAAACGCUCUCAGGCAAAAAUGGAGGACUCUCUCGCAGAAGCGGCGCAGCUGAGCGGGGAGGAAGCGUUUGUUGUUCUUGGUCGAUCGAUCUAUUGGUUGAUGGAAUGAUCGGCAAAUUGUUUUGUGGAGACCACUGGUGUGUCGUGACGUUCUAGGUCGUCGAACACACGUGUAAACCAAAAGAGGAAGCCGGAUGGGUCUCACGGCGGAAGGAAGCCUGGCUUACCACACCCUUGAGUUUUUUACGAGGUAGGUCCCCAGCGGGGAAUGGAGGAGUCCUUGUAACCGUGAUGAGUUUUGGACGUACCUACGGAGUCUAUCGUUCCAUCGAGAGCGUGGAUGAUACUGCAGUAGAGGUCCCUGUUUAGUGCCGGUUGAAUAGUGCCGGUGCCCCUCAAUAGUGCCGGUGUUUUCGGCGGGCACACUCUGAAUUUCCAAAUAAUUAUCAAUGCUUUGAUUAGUGCCGUUGAAUUUUCUGCACAGGGACCUCUACUGCUGUACUGACAAAGUUUUUGGAUGGACGUCGCUGCAGCCGCAUCGUGUGAAGAUUGAGGGUGUAUGAGCAUGGCCCUUGUUUUGGUUCCGGGGGUCGGGGGGCUGCAGACAUCGGGCUGCCCGUUCCUUGGUCCAUGUGGCAGGGCAUUCUGGUACCACGGUACUCUACCGUCAGCGCAACACUUUUGGUGAUAGAUGGGCAUCGAAAAGAGCGACUGGGGCGGGGCUGGUUAGAGGGUUGCCGUUCCACGAGGCGAUCACGCCUCGUGACGACAGUGCAAAUUGUAAGUUAGAGGGCAGUCACGCUCGGGGUCCACCGGGGAACGCUUUGUUUGCAAGCGAGGAUUAGUGUAGAAUAGUGCGUUGUGUGAUGAUUUGAAAAUAGCAUGUUAGCGUUUCUGUAGUUUUUUUAAGCGUACAUAGCCAAGGAACGAAGCAUUCUAGCGCCUACUGCAUGAAGCAGCGAGUGCUAAUUAGAACUCGGGACUCGUGAGUUAGCACGGGAAGCCGUUUGCACUGGCGGCGUUGUUGGGUCCCAGACGGGGUUAAUUACACAACAUGCCACC